AUGAGCAUAAGAUGGCCAAGAGUGUUGACACCAACCUACCUCUCUCAGAUUAUAAGAACCCAGAAAAACCCAUUAAAAGCUCUACACAUUUUCAAUGAAGCCAAAUCUAGGUACCCCAAUUACUGCCACAAUGGUCCUGUUUAUGCCACCAUGAUUAGCAUCCUUGGAACAUCCGGGAGGCUCACUGAGAUGAGGGAUGUAAUUGAGCAGAUGAGAGAGGAUUCAUGUGAAUGCAAGGAUUCUGUUUUUGUGUCUGUUAUUAAGACCUAUGCCAAUGCCGGGCAGGUAGAUGAAGCAAUGUCUCUGUACAAGACAAUUCCUCAGUUUAACUGUGUGAAUUGGACAGAAUCCUUCAACACCAUGUUGCAGAUAAUGGUGAAUGAGAACCGACUUGAAAUGGCACACCGUCUCUUUGUUGAGAGCUCUUGUGGUUGGGAAGUGAGGUCUCGGGUUCGAGCAUUGAACUUGCUUAUGUAUGCUCUUUGUCGGAAGAGUCGAUCCGAUCUGGCACUGCAGUUAUUCCAAGAGAUGGAUUAUCAAAGUUGCUACCCUAAUAGGGACAGCUAUGCAAUUUUGAUGAGGGGAUUGUGCCAGGACAGGAGGUUGCAUGAGGCCACCCAUUUGUUGUAUUCAAUGUUUUGGAGGAUCUCACAGAAAGGUAAUGGUGAGGAUAUAGUGAUCUAUAGAAUUCUUUUGGAUGCUUUAUGUGAUGCUGGAAAACAUGAAGAAGCUGUGGAAAUUCUUGGUAAAAUUUUGAGGAAAGGGCUGAAGGCCCCGAAGCGAUGCUAUAACCACUCUGAACUUGGCCAGUUCAUGGAUGGCAAAGAUAUAGAAAGCGUUAAACGUGUGAUUCAUGAAGCUUUGAUCAAGGGCUCAGUUCCUAGUUUGACUAGUUACAAUGCCAUGGUUGUUGAUAUAUACAGUGAAGGUAAGAUAGAUGAGGCUGAUGAAGUCAUCAUGGAAAUGCAAGUCAAAGGCUUUAGACUAACACAUUGUAUCUUUGAGGCAAAAGUAGCUGCAUUGUGCAAGGUUAGUAAGGUCGAUGAAGCAAUCAAGGUAAUUGAGGAGGACAUGGUGAAAGUCAAUUGUCUACCAACUGCUAGAGUGUACAACACUCUCUUGAAUAACCUAUGCAAUGUUGGAAAUUCCACGGCUGUACUCAAUAGCUUGAACAAGAUGUCGAACAAGGUAGGUCAUGCAGGUGACAGAGAUACUUAUGGCAUCUUGCUGAAAAUGCUUUGUGCUGAAAGAAGGUAUCUUGAGGCAAGCCAACUUCUGGAGAAAAUGUCAAUUAAGUCGUACUGGCCUUGUACCAACAGUUACAAUUCUCUCAUUAAGGGUCUUUGCUCCUUAGGUAGGCAAUAUGAAGCAGUUAUGUGGUUAGAGGACAUGAUAAGCCAGGGAAAGCUUCCUGAAACUUCUGUCUGGAAUUCAUUGGCAUCUUUAUUUUGUAACUCGGAAAAGAUAAAAGUGUCCUCUGAGACAUUUAGUCGCCUAAGAAGUUUGUGA